UGGACGAUGAUGGAUCUGAACGUCGCUCUAUCAAGGAAUGAACCGUGUCGACAUACGUGCUUCUCAAAAGUUGGAUGAGAGAUCCAAAGGCAAACGACGAAACGCCUAUGCCUACAUGAUUAGUUACCACAGUCAUGGACUUCGAUCUGAGAAUCCAAGAUGGCGACCACGUCAGCCGUUGCAGCCUGCCAUCCAGAGGUCCUAGCCGUGGUCUGCCCCAGCUGAUCACUGUGUGUCACUCUGGUCAUGAGGAGGCCUGGAUUCUGCUCAACAAUAUUCAGCUACAUUUCCAGGAAGCUAAGUGACUGGCACGAAUAUGAGACAGUACUUACUCUGUGACCCAUCGUCAAUACCAUCAAACUCCCAGCCAGAUGUGCUGUGAGCCGGCAGAACCAGUCUAGAUUUCCAGCUGGGUUUGAAAAGUAUCAGGAAUCAAACUCUCAUCCGAGAAAUUCCCUGAAAGAGUUCCCCGUUCUCUCCUCACCAUGGGCAAUGCAAUAUCCCUCGCCAUGGGAACAGGUGACGGCCAUCUGCACGAGUCCACGCAGCCCUCAGAAGACCCUCAGGAGCUCCAGGACCUACGCGGAUACAGGACCCCACGCAACACGUCUCUAUCUCGGGUUCACGUGGACGAGGCCGAGCCCCUGCUCCCCGGGGGCGUCCGCAGUGCGAGGAGCCUCCACAAAGCCGGGGGCACACGGGGAGACCCACAGAGCCGGGAGGGCGCGCCGCCGGCCAGGCCCACCGAGACGAUGCCUGCCCUGGUGCUGCAGAUCUUGGUGCCCUUCCUGCUGGCUGGGCUUGGCACCGUCUCGGCCGGUAUGCUGCUUGAUCUGGUUCAGCACUGGGAAGUGUUUCAGGAGGUCACAGAGAUCUUCAUACUGGUCCCUUCAGCAUUGGGCCUCAAGGGAAACCUGGAAAUGACCCUUGCUUCCAGGCUUUCAACUGCUGUGAAUACUGGGAAAAUGGAAACGGCAAGAGAAAGGAGGAGUCUGAUCAUCGGGAAUUUGUCUCUUAAACAGUUGCAGGCCACUGUACUGGGUCUUCUGGCAGCUCUGAUGGCGAUUGCUUUGGGAUGGAUGGCAGAGGGUCAGAUGCCCUUUAACCAUGCCCUCCUCCUGUGUUCAGUCAGUCUGGCUACUGCCUUCAUGGCCUCAUUGCUACAAGGCGUCAUCAUGGUGGCUCUGAUCCUUGGCUCCAGGAAACUGGGUAUAAACCCGGACAAUGUGGCCACGCCUUUGGCCGCCAGUUUCGGAGACCUCAUCACUCUUGCCUUCCUCGCCAGCUUCAGUCGGUGGUUCUACGGAUGCCUCGAGCCCUACUCCUAUGUGUUGGUCCUGGUGAAUGUGGUAUUACUGUGUCUUAUCCCGUUGUGGGUGGCCAUCUCAUCCAGACAACCAGCUAGCCGUAUCCUCCUUCGUAAAGGCUGGGAACCAAUCAUUACAGCCAUGCUGAUAAGCAGUUUGGGAGGACUAAUCCUUGACAAGACUGUAACAAAUGCAAACUUGGCAGGAAUUAUAAUUUUUGUUCCGGUUAUAAACGGGAUUGGAGGAAGUCUGGUCUCCAUUCAGUGUAGUCGUAUUGCUACUGCCCUGCACAUUGGCAGCUCCCCUGGGGAGGUUCCAGAGGGCCGUAAGGGACCCUGCAGAGCCUGCCACAUGUUCUUUGGAUCAGGGGCAAACCAUCGAUCGGCCCAAGUGCUAUUCCUAUUGGUCAUCCCGGGUCAGCUGAUCUUCUUAUACACGAUUCAUCUGAUGGAGGGCGCUCACACGGUGCCGACGCCGUUCUUCCUGUUCAUCUUCCUGGCGGUCGCCCUCCUUCAAGUGUAUUCCUUGCUGUGUGUGGCCGACUGGUUGGUGCCCUGGCUCUGGCAGCGGGGGAAGGACCCUGACAGCUUCUCCAUCCCCUACCUCACUGCCCUGGGAGACCUGCUGGGUACUACUCUGCUGUCCCUGGCCUUCCUGCUGUUCUGGUGGACCGGGGAGCCUAUCAGCACCUCCUUUGAAUGGUUCGGACGGACCUGACUGUCCUUUUGGGUCCUUUUGGGCAUAUAUAUCAUUCUUAUUGUACAUAUACAAUAUUGCUUGGCAAUGAGAUGCUGUUUGAGCGACUCGUGAUUGAAAGGCUACUUUAUAACAUAUUUAAUUAACUAUUUCAAUUUUUUGUCCAGUUUAAAAUGUUAUGAUAUUCUUAUGAAAUAUGGACACUGUCAAAUCUGCGUUGAUGGAAUUUAAAAGACAUUCUGCAACAAGUUAUGGAGGUGUAUUCUCUGCUGGGGUUCCCGCGUAUCCAAAUCCACCGAGACGCACUUACUCCAGAGCUGACCUUCUGAAGCUUCAACACGCCUGCCAGACAUUUGACUUAUCACUCGAUCAACUGGAUUUCAUACCAAAACUUUGAUAAAGAAGACAAUACGGAGGAAAAGAGGACCCAGAGGAGGAAUUAGGAACAGGAUUAGGAGACAAGGGAGUAAGCUACCGAUACUUGCUUUCACUUUGUAAAAUGUGCGAUCACUGCGUAAUAAGAUGGAUGAGCUUGCUGCACUGUGUCAAAAGCCCCGCCCUGCACUUGGGUCGUCAGAUCAUAAUGUAAUUUUACUACUGCCUAAGUAUAGACAAAAAUUUAAAACACACAAAAUCCCGACCAAAACCCUCCAGGUCUGGAAUAAUGAUUCUCUAGAAAGUGACGUGUGUCCCGAAAGGACCCAUUGUAUUGAUGCAUUUAGCCGCUCCAGAAUCAAUCAUGAAAAGGACACAAAACCACGCUGUCAACAAAUGUUACUUCACAUAUAUAUGCGUGCCUUAUAUAUCUUAUUAUGUCGAAAUUUAGAAUCACUCAAGAUAUGUCUGCGUCAAAUUCAAAGUGCGAUCAAUGGUAAAGAACACAUAGACGGGGGGAGACAUGGGCUGCAUGAGAGGGCCACUGUGAGGAACACAAAGAACGUGUGUCUCUGUAGGCCCCAUGGUAGGCCCUAGUUUACGACCUCACGCCAUGCAGACACAAAUGCCUUUGUGUUACGAUCCCGAGGCCCCCAUUUUGGGGGUUGGGAUUUACUAAUGAUGUGGUCUGUUUUUGGGAUAUAAAACACUUCGACUAAUUUAAGAGAGAGUAAAAGAAAUCGAGGGGUCCGGAGCAAGUAUUGACAAUAGACUUUAUCGUUUAAAAAGCAACAACGAUAACAGCCGAAUUAUUUGCAAAGCAAUUUGCCGGUCAACGGAUCUCGGCUUCUUCUUUAUUCACAAACACACACAAAGCAGUUUCUUUGUUCGAGGUUUCCGCCCACAAUCAAUCAUGAGUUUGUCUAACCAAAUUAUCAACAAAAUAAUUUAGGACACCAGUCUGAGGUCAGCACGCAUAAACCCCGUAGCUUCCUGCCCCUAUGGGGGGUUUCUUCCAACAUACGCUCUGACCCCAGUCAAGCCCUGGAUCAGAAUCCAGAGACGCUUUAAAUGUUUUCUACCAUUAGAUAUACACGCCUAAUAAUAAUCAUGGUUUACCAUAGAAUAUAAUCAUUCAUUUCUACCACACAACGUAAAACAAACACAUGUUGAGGCUGGGUGUCUUCCUUGAACAGACCAAUAUCAAAUCUACCCUUCAUAAGUAAAAUCAUUGAGAAAGUUGUCCUCCAGCAACUAAAUCACUUCCUGGCAUCAACUGGUUGCUAUGACACCUUCCAAUCAGGAUUUCGACCCCUGCACAGCACUGAGACCGCCCUUAUUAAAGUUGUAAACGACAUCCGUCUUAACACAGACUCUGGCAAAACCUCAAUACUAAUGCUACUUGACCUCAGUGCUGCAUUCGACACUGUAGACCAUACAUUACUUCUGGAAAGGUUAGAAAACUGGGUGGGGCUUUCAGGCACUGUCUUAAAUUGGUUCAGGUCCUACCUACAAAAUAGGAACUACUUUGUUUCCAUUGGCGACUUUGUAUCAGAAUCAACCAACGUGACAUGUGGAGUCCCACAAGGUUCGACCUUAGGACCCUCUUUAUUCAACAUCUACAUGCUCCCACUAGGGCAAAUCAUGCAAAAUAACAAUAUUGACCAUCAUUGCUAUGCUGAUGACACGCAAAUCUAUGUAUCGCUAUCACCAAAUGACUAUCGGCCCAUAGAUCUGCUGUGCCAGUGAAUUGAGCAAGUGAAGGAAUGGAUGUGCCGAAAUUUCCUUCAACUAAAUGAGGACAAAACAGAGAUAAUUGUAUUUGGUUCUAAAACGGAAAGGCUUAAAGUAACCCAACACCUUCACUCUCUGUCCCUGAAAACCUCAAUCAAAGCCAGAAAUCUAGGGGUUAUUAUCAUGGAUUCAGAUUUACAUUUUGACAGUCACAUCAAAUCAGUUACAAAAUCGGCAUAUUAUCACCUUAAAAAUAUAGCAAGACUUAGAGGGCUCAUGUCCACCGAAGACUUACAAAAACUUGUACAUGCCUUUAUCACUAGUAAGCUUGAUUACUGCAAUGGUCUCCUCACAGGUCUCCCAAAACAAACUCUGAGGAAGCUUCAGCUUGUUCAGAAUGCUGCUGCUAGAGUUCUAACAAAGACCAAAAAAUUUGAUCAUAUUACACCAAUUCUGAAAUCGUUACAUUGGCUUCCUGUAGGUCAGAGAAUUGAUUUUAAAAUCAUGUUGCUAACCUAUAAAACCCUACAUGGUUUAGGCCCAAAAUACUUAACUGAUAUGCUUCCACUACAUCAGCCUUCUAGACCACUAAGAUCCUCUGAGACCAAUCUGUUAAUUAUCCCCAGAGUAAACACAAAACAUGGGAAAGCAGGAUUUAGUUACUAUGCAACAAAUAGCUGGAAUAAACUCCCAGAGGAUUUAAGACUUGCCCCAACUCUGAGCACCUUUAAAACAAGACUGAAGACUUUUAUGUUUGCUAUAGCUUUCUGCUAAAAUCUUAAAUACAUUGCACUUUCUAAAAAGCUUUUUUAACUUUGCCUUUAUUUUCUAUUUUAAUACUAAAAUGCCUUUUUCUAUUCUACCCAUUUCUUUGCAUAUGUUUUUCUUUUACUUAUCUAUUAUUUUAUUUUAUUGUAUGACAAUGUUUAUAUGUGAAGCACUUUGAGUCUGCCUUGUGUAUGAAAAGUGCUAUAUAAAUAAAGUUGCCUUGCCUUGCCUUGCCUUGAUGGGGAGAGUAAUAAUAAUAAUAAUGCAUUGAAUUUAUAUAGCGCUUUUUCCUAGACACUCAAAGACGCUUUACAUUGAAGGGGGGGACCUCACUCACCACCACCAGUGUGUAGCACCCACUAGGGGUGAUGCACGGCAGCCAAUCUGCGCCAGAACGCUCACCACACACCAGCUCGAGGUGGAGGGUGAGGGAAUUAAUGAGUCAGCCAAUUAUACAAUUAUACAGGGAGAUGAUUAGGGGGCCAGAUUGAAUGAGCCUGGUUGGGCCAGGACACCGGGGGAACCCCUACUCUUUGCGAUAAGUGCCCUGGAAUCUUUUAUGACCUCAGUGAGUCAGGACCUCGGUUUUACGUCUCCUCCGAAGGACGGAGGCUUCGGACCUGGGUUAGUUCAGGCCUUGCUAUAAAGAUGUCAAGCCAGGUGUGAAUCCCAAGGUUGAUCUGCUUAAAGUGUAACGUAAAAAAAAACAUGUUGAGUCUGGGUGUCUUCCUGGAAUGCGGAGAGUAAAGGCAAAAGUAUAAUUCUCUGACUCCGUAAUCCGACUUUGAUUCUACGGAGACCCCUCGAGCAUUCACAGUUCUCCGUCGGGAUCCCAGAUACGCAAUGCAAUUCGCCGCCCGAUCAAUCUUAUAUGUUGACUACUAACCAUGUAAAUA